GCCCCACCCCCCUCCCCCCCUCGUUGAAACGAGCGGCCACAUGAAGGGAAGGUGCACCGUGUAGUGAGCUUUUCUUCUCAGAAAUAGUAUUUAUUUUUGUUCCCCAGCAUGACUUAUGGUUUGAGCUACUUUCAGCCAGUUUGAAUUCAGAAGAGUCUUGUUAUAAACGCGAAGUUUAAAUGGACUUAACUGCCCGAGACUGGACUUCAUGAAAAUGUGACUACUUUUCCAACCCGUUGAAGGUCUUUAAACGCUAUUUCACAAAGUGAUGAAAUGAACUUGAAGUGAAUCUGCAAGACGAGUCGAACAUCCAUGGAUUGAAACAUUCAACUUCCAAGUGCAGAAGUGCCUGAAGCAAGGAGCUCCGUCUGGGUGGUGGCAAGGAGCACUGAGCUGCACAAUGGAGUGAAGGGGUGCAGAUGUAAAGGGCUUGUUGCUCAUUUUCACACGGGCCGGCGUCAUCUGCCUGCUGCAGCACACGCAGCUAUGUGCAGUCUUGCCUUUUUAUUUGAAACACAGAACACUCACGAAUCAAGUUUUUGUUUUUUCCUUUUUCCUGUGUCGAUGCGGAAUGUGAGAGGCUCACAUCAUUCCUAACGCCUGUAAUCCUUUGUGUUGUACCACAGGAUUUAAUGGGGGAUGCCGUCUGACUGCAAUACCCGACAUAUUGCUUUCAUGUCCUCACUGUUUGCGACUCAAUCCGACGCCAAACAGGAGGCAACGCGCCGCAUACUUAAAAAAUUAAAUAUACACGUUUGUUGCACGACGGGAAGCGAGGUGACGAAGUCGUUAGCACGUCUGCCUCACAGUUCUGAGGUUUGGAGUUCGAAUCCCGGCUCUGGCCUUCCCGCGCGGCCUUUGCGUGUUCUCGCCGGUGCUCGCGCGGGUCUAUCUAAUAAAAAAACACGCAGGUUCAGUUCAUCGAAGAAUGCGGGUGUGAAUGUGAGUGCGCAUGGUUGGUCGUAUGCGAUUGGCUGUGUACCCUGUGACCCUAACGAGGCCGGGCACUGUAGAGAACAGAUGAAUGGGUGUUCUUCCUCUAUAUUUUUUGUUAGGCCCCGUUAAAAAAUGCUCAACAGUGAAAUGGAGCUCAGAAGUGUCUUAGUGUAGUUGCGGUUUUUAAUCCAAGGUUCUCCUGCUUAUCAUGUCUGUAAAGUAGCUUAAUGGCACUGAGCUGACCCCCCGCGCUUCGGGAGCAGGUGGCACAAGGAGUUACAACUAGUUUCCUACGCUGUCGAUUUGUACGAUACAGCGAUCGCACUUGAUGCCAAAAUGUCGUGAGCUCAAUUUCUGUCCGCGAAGUUGAUAGUAAAAACAUUCCAUCAUUUGUCAUGAGCAGUUAUUGAUGCACGCUGUGGCGGUUCAUCCACGCACAGCAGGCCUCCCGCUCACGGGACCAGCGCGCCGCUCGUGUGCCCGCUGCCUGCCAAGCUCAUUUCCUUUUGUGCAAGUCAAAGUCAAUACAGUUGCAAAAGCGGGUUGCUGUGCCAUGGUACGCAAGCCAUAAAUCGAUUGUUGUACAGGCUGGUUCGACUAGUCGUGGUUGGAUUGAUUGUUUACAGUCAUAUAAUAAAUGAACAUAAGAGAGUGAACGAAUGAGUGAAGUUUGGAAUGUUCACUGUCGCUAUUUUGAGUUUUUGAUUUGUGACGGGUGACGACUUCAAAAUAUGCUAAUGUGCCGUUUGUUUCGAUGAGCGUUUGUGAGAGUCAAGGUGCGACCGAACGAGGUGUUUUAGCCUCUGUCGGUUGUGAGCGUUCACAAGAAAAGGCAGCGCCUGCGCUUACGGCAAAAAGACCAGGAUGACAAGUUUUAUCUCGUGUUAAAGUGGAGGAGAGAGUCAGUACGUAUCGUACGUAGUCACGAACGCUUAUCAUACUUAUUAUACUUGCAGCGCUGUUGGGAAUGUUUAACUGGAACAUUUGGAGAUCGACCUCGUACGCGCCAAGCGAAAUAAUUCCGGCACAUACAAGAAUCACUGUCACACAGUACAGUUCUUCAUUUUCACCAAGUUGGAAUAAUUGUUACGCAUCAAUAUUUCAUGAGCUUUUGCAGCUGUGGUGCCGUGACACACUUGCGUGCCGCCGUCAGAUAUCAGCAGGGGGGCCGCGGGAAGUUGUCCAGUUUCACUGAAUUUGUCUGACACCAUUAUUUAGGAAUUACAAACGUAUUUUUCUUCAUCUAUCUAUGCCAGUGACGUACGGUGACAAGCAGAUCGAUGAAAUGCUCUUCCAUUUGAUGGCAGAAGGUUAAAUGAACCUGUUGCCAUUCAUACAACAGAAUAAGGACAUGGCCUCCUGCGAGCACAUCACCUUUGUGUUCAAUGAAACAGUCCAAGGUUUCACACUGAGUUAGUCCAUUUGUGAGUAAAGUGAGACAAGUUCCUCAUUUCAGUAUUCCUGCUUUUUGGCACAUUUUUGUUCGGUGGCGAGACUUUUGCAAUGUCAAUUGGGUGGCUUGGCUCAAUAAAGGUUCGGAAAUACAUCUAUGGAAAGCAGCUAGCAAGGUUAGAUGUGGAAAAUCAGACAUCAGCAGACAUCAUUCAAUGUCCUUGAUGGGUCUCACCAUUUCAUCUCUAAUUCGAUGAGACUAUUAACACUCGGAGCAGCGGGGUAGGAUUAGUGGAGGUGCCACAAAUAUACCACCCAGAAGGCUAAGGCAUGACUAGAUCCAAAGCAAUUUGUGUCAGCGCGGUUAGCACGUGCUGCAGGUGUAUCAGCUCUUUGGCUUAUGUUUGCUCUUUGGGAGCUACUUACAUUGAGUUUAGGGCCGUUUAUGGCACCGAGAGGUCUGCAAAUGCAUUUGUUAGUUUGAAUUAGCUGCUGGACUGAAAGGUCGGGUCUCCUGUUCACCGACAAGUGACAAAGCAAAGAAUAUUUGAUUUUGUUUUUGAUGAUUUGGUGUACGGCGCUGUUUCUUCGCUACUCAUCGACUCAUGUUUCAGUCGGCUGCAUCUGUCACGUGUCCAGUUUCAGGCUAAAUAGGUUCAACGUUGACAUUUAGUGCAGCUAAUAUGGAACACCUCAACUACUUUCAAAGAAUAACAACUUUCUGAUUUUGCUUGAAAGACUGUCAGGUUGUUAAGAUGGAAUUCUGGUUACUGAAUGAAGUAACUGGAGAGGAGCUUGAUGAGGCCCUUGAGUAGCUGCAAAGGUUCUUGUUUUAAUUUGACCAUUAAGUAGGUCAAUAGUUUGCUCUAUUCUUGUAUGUGCACCUUUAACAGUCAAAGGCGAGAAUAUUUGUUGUAUAUCAUCAAAAAAAUAUCUGCGCGACUAGCUGGAAAUGUAUUUUGCCUUCAUCCAACCCCAACGCAGACAUGCAUUUUUUAGUUUUUUUGAGUAGUUGCUGUUAAUUUGAAGGACUACAUUUGAAAGAUGAUGCGGCGUCUCUGUGAUUUGCCAAUGGCUGCAGUAUUUUGGUACGUGCGCUCUCGCCUCGUAGGUUGGGAGAUGCGCGGCGCUGUCUGACGGACGGCCAUGGGACUGGAGAGACGGCGGCGUCGGGCGAUCACCACCGCUCUAGCCAUCUUUCUGCUAAGUGUGUCGCGAGGUUUGUCAUCAGCGGUUCGUGGCAGAGAGGGGGCCUCCGCGGAGCUGGGCUGCAGUCUCGCUCCAGAAUCGAAGGGCGCCGCCAGCCCAAACCUCUUCCCGUUGCACGUGGUGGAGUGGGUGCGGCUCGGUUACAGCGUUCCUAUCCUCAUCAAAUUCGGAGUGUACGCUCCUCGAGUUCAUCCCAACUACAAGGGGCGUGUCUCUCUGACCCGCGGCGCCUCCCUGCUGGUGGAGCGGCUGACCCUCGAGGACGAGGGCUGGUUCGAGUGCCGCAUCCUGCUCCUGGACACCAAAACGGACGACUCCCAGAACGGCACGUGGACCUUCCUCUCCAUCACAGCUCCGCCGGUGUUUAUCAAGACGCCACCAAGUUUUGUGGAGGUUCUGCUCGGAGACUCGCUGACGCUCAGCUGUGGCGCUCAGGGCAACCCGCGCCCGACCGUCGUGUGGCACAAAGAUGAGAGCCCGAUUGACAAACGUGAAAAAAUCAAAGUGCUCAACGGUACCUUGUCUUUGGCCUCAGCCACAAGGAGCGUUUCCGGAGUGUAUAAAUGUCACGUUUCCAAUUCAGAGGGCAACCUGACGCACACGACGAAGCUGCAGGUCAAAGGUCCCCCAAUCAUCAUCAUCUCGCCAGAGGACACAACUCUCAAUAUGUCUCAGGAUGCCCUUCUGCAGUGCCAGGCUGACUCUUACCCUUCCAACCUCACAUAUGAGUGGAUCAAACAAGGGCAGAAUGUUUACCAUAUUGAGUCGCUAAAGUCCAGAGUGAAGGUUUUGGUGGACGGAACCCUUUUGAUCCCUAAUUUAAUCCCAGAAGAUGGCGGAAACUACACCUGUAUCCCAACAAACGGGAUACUGACUCCGCCCUCGGCCUCAGCACAUCUCAAAGUGAAACACCCCGCUCGAGUCGUACGAAUGCCCAGGGAAACCUACUUGCCCUCUGGCAUGGAGGGGGUCAUCAUGUGCCCUGUCCAGGCGGACCCCCCUGUGCUCUAUGUGAACUGGACCAAAGAUGGGAACGAUUUAAAUCUCGACAAUCUCCCCGGCUGGAUGGUGAACUCGGAGGGCUCGGUUUUCAUAGCGACAGCGAAUGACAACGCCGUGGGCAUGUACAGCUGCACUGCAUACAACAGCUACGGCACCAUGGGUCAGUCGGAGCCCACCCAGGUCAUUCUGCAGGAUCCGCCCGCAUUCCAAGUGCCUCCUCGGCCUGAGUACCUUCAGGAGGUGGGCAGAGAGUUGGUCAUCCCCUGUGAAGCGAGUGGAGAUCCCGCACCGAACAUAACAUGGAGCAAGAUUGGCUCGAUUCCCCGUUCUCAAUACUUUGUGUUGGCUAAUGGUUCCCUCCUGCUGCAGCCUCUCAGUAAAGACCACCACGGGGGCUGGGAAUGCUUGGCCUCAAACCGUGUCGCAACUGCCAGCGCAGGCACUGUCGUCAUGGUGCUGGGUACCAGUCCUCACGCAGUUUCUUCAGUAUCUGUAAACACGGAGAUCAACCAAGCGAAUGUGUCCUGGGUGCCUGGGUUCGAUGGCGGAUACACCCAGAAGUUCACCGUGUGGGUCAAGCAGGCGUCAAGAGGUAAACACGAAUGGGCGUCUUUACCUGUGCCCACAUCCAAGAACUACCUGUUGGUCAGCAGUCUUCUGGCUGCGACCAGUUAUCAGCUCAGUGUCCUACCUCAGAAUAAACUCGGCUCUGGACCCUUCAGUCAAAUUGUCACUGUAAGAACCCGAGCUGUGCCGACAGAAGCCCCGACUGUCAUCGCCACUCUACUCACACUGGAACCGCCCAUCAUCUUGUCCGCUAACCGGACCAGACAAGGUGUUCUCCUCCAGUGGUCACCGCCUGCGGAUCCAUCCCCUCCGCUGACAAGUUUUGUGCUGCAAGCUCGUCGGAAUCAGGGCCAGUGGCUCGUCCUUAGCAGCAACAUCAGUGCCAAUGAGAGUGAAGUCCUUGUACAGGGACUGCUUCGCGACUCUCGUUACGAUCUGCGGCUGAUGUCCCACAGCAAUCAAGUGCGCAGUGAACCGAGUGAUUUUGUCAGUAUAUCUACUGCAGGGAUGGAGGUUUACCCGCUGAGCCCGAGUUUCUUGGAGCUCGCCCCUGGGCCUCUCCUGGCAGGUGUGGUCGGAGGAGUGUGCUUCCUUUUCAUGGCCAUUGUGCUCUCAUUGGCAACAGCUUGCUACAUGAGAAACUGGAGAGAGCGUCGGCGCAGGAAGAGACAACAAGAUGUUCCAUCUGCUUUCCAGAAGAGUCCAUCCAUAGAUGCUCGCUCUCCUCCCCGCAGCCCAGACAGUGUCUUGAAGCUGAAGCUGUGUCCUCCUAUUCCCUUCUUCCCUACCUCCUCCUCACAGUAUGACCGCUCCUCCUUCGAUAAAGGCAGUCGAGGAGAAUAUCAAGACCAGCGCAAGCAACUUUUGGCUAACUCAUCUCCGCCGCCGCAUUACACGCUCUUCGAGAGCCACUUGGGGUCCCAGGCUCCCUCUCCAACAUCUUUGGAGUCUAUUCACAGAGGCCCAGAUGGACGUUUCAUAAUCCAACCUCUGAUAGAGAGUUCCAGCCCCUCCAACAAGAAAAAUUUGAAGGACAUCUUGCAGAGUAAUGGUGGCGCAAGUGGCUCAGGAAGCAACCGGACAUCGUUUCGGGACUCCCCAAAAUCAAGUAUCUUAAGUUCCGACAAGGACGAGAAGAAGGAUUCUCCACUUAGCGUGGAUGUCCUGGAGCUUAGUAGGCCUUCCUCCUCUCCUGGAAGAGUGCGGGCCAUUGCUCGGAAUUUCUCCCGUCAUGGCUGCUUUUACUCUGAUGAGGAACAUGGCUCGGAGAACCUCCUGGAAAGAGCGAGCUUCUAUUCAGACACCAGCGAGAAAAAAAACUGCGAUUCUCUGAAAAGGCAUCGCACGCCAGCCCGCACUGAAGACCUUUUCCCCAUUUUGUCAAGGAGAACCUACAUUUUGGAUCGAGACGCAGACCGACCACAGUCCUUAGGCUAUCAACCCAUGGCCAGUCAGCUUACUGAUAAUAGCACACUAAUCACACAACUUGAUAGUGAACUGGAGAGCGACAGCGUCAAAAAGUGCAUCCAACUGGCCAAGGAGAGGGAGCAAAUGGAGCGUGAGCUCGCACGCUAUACAACCAAUAACAGAAACCAAGAUGAUGGAAAGAAGGCCCUCAGUGUAGUUGCCCAGUCAGAUGAAGAGCCCGUAUGGAAACUACAAGAUGUUACGCUCCGUCAAAAACACAAGCCCUUAGGCCACACGAGUCGGCUUGCAGACUAUCGACGGGCGUGCUACUUUGGGAGCACGAGUAGUCCCACGGACAGAGUUCCUACUUCUCACAUUGAGUGGGACAUUAGCCCCGUUACAGCCAUAACGAAACUUGUUCCAGCAAAGAGCCAGUGGGACAUCACGUUGGCAGUAUUACAGCAGUUACAGCGUUCUCAUUCGGGUGCAGAAACUGCAGAGGACUCUCUUACUCUUGAUUCGUCACAUUCUCAGGUGACUCAGAACACCUCCCUUCCAAUGCCUUCAUCAGAUGUGACAUUUGAAAACCCCACCGUUCCAUGUUUAGCGACAUCGCCCAGAGCCAAGUCGUUGAGUCCUCACAGAGAUUCGGAUAUGUGUAGUAAGUCCGUGACACACGGGCUAAGGGAAAACAGUGUUGGAGGUGCACCCUCUCGGUCCAGGAAUUCAUAUGCUUAUGGAAGUCGGAAUUGGGAUUCAGCUUCUCGAAGUCCUUUGGUCUACAGUAAGCGUUCUGAAAGUCCAGCUUUUACUGUUUCAACAUCAUACGCAGCCACAAGGGAUCCCGGUCCCUCAGGUAUCUCUACCUUACCCUAUGAGCCUCAAGUUCAAUCAAAUGCCAGAGACAGCGAGCAUAAAGGCUGCGAUGAGCACCAAAGCUUUGAAUCAGAAAGAGAAGGUGUCCGAGCACGCUCCAGGAGGAGUGAAAAAUGUCUUUUCUCCGAUAGUCCCAGCCCCAUGUCAACAUUGACUCUUGUAGAAGAAGCUGAAAGUCAACGAUCCCAAUUUUCUAUCCCCAGGAUGUCAGGGCCAUUCAAGACCAAGCCAGCUGCAUCUCCUCCUAAAAUGUCCUCAGUGCAGACAAGUGCGAUUCUGGAAUACCUGAGCCUCCCAGGUUUUAUUGAGAUGAGUGUAGAUGAACCUGUGGAAGAACCUGAGCUUACAGACUCUACUGGACAAUGUUUGGACCAAAAAUCUGGAGACUCCAUAGUGGUUAAACCUGAUGUAGUGCCUAAAAACUGGGAGGUUCAUGUCCAGGAAUUUGCAGAAACUGAACCAACUAAAAUGAAGGGUUGCUUUGAACCAUCACUUUUGCCAGAAAAACAUGGCUGUCAGCCUCAGGUUGAAGCAAGGGAGUCUCUUCUUCGAGUAAGGUUUCCGGACGACAUAAGUCCACUAUCGGCGGCUCCAGAAAAAACAAGCAAACAACUAUACAAUGAAAAAACACAGAUUCGGGCUGAGACUAAAAACACUGAGUCAAGACUUGGUUCCAGACCAGCUCAUACUUUGCUCAGUGCCGCGAAAGGCAUGGUAGAUAUCGUGUCAAAACAUUCUCCCAGCUUUGUGGACAGUAGUGAGCCUUUAUCAGAGCAAACCCAAAGACAAAGUUCUCAGGGCAACAGGACCAAUAACAUUGCAUCGCGAAUAAGUCAAGCCCCGGUGCCAUUUCUGAAGAAAUCCUUAAGCGCCGGCCCUUGUAGAACACGCUCAGGUAUGGGACCACCCCGACCGUUCCUUAAGAAAUCUAUCAGUUUUGGUUCCCCGAGAUGGGAGCACUUUGAGAGCCCGAGGACAUACAUCUCGGAGAAAUGUUACUGGGAUGAGUUCCCAAAGCCGGAAGUCAGGGUGAAGUCUUACAGUUUAGGUCGCACUCCAUCUUCCUUUCUCAGGCCAGGUCCUUCCUGGAGAGAGUACGUCCCCCUCAGGCGUCCCACCAUGGGGAGCUUAGAGAGACCCCCGUGUGCACAAAGAUCCAGUCCUUCCUACUUCACUCCUUCCAUGUACCCACCCAGAGAAAGCUCACUGUCUCCAAUGUCAGAACACUGCGAGCCACGAAGGCAGGCGACCGUUUUCCCUGAUUCCUCAAGGUGGUCGCCCUCCUAUCCAGAUACACUGAGGUCUGCUCAGUACAAAUAUUUCCCCAUGUCCACCUCCAUCCCAGUCCCCAGUCAUCACCCUUGGCCAGGACCCAGACCAGAGAACGUGAGGCUGAUGGACCCCAGAACGGGGCCGCCGAGGUCCUACCUUCCCAGAGGUAUCAGCUGGCCCUCACCCUACUGCAUGCCUUUCCCUCAGAGGGAAGGGGACGCUUACAGACAGGCAGAGCGAACGAUGAGGAGGGCGGGCGAGACCGAGCCUCGGGAGGUCCGAGAAGGUGGCAGGGCCAGCUAUGCCAGUCAGAGCAGCGGGCGGGGCAGUGCCGGCUUCUUCCGCCAGUCACUGUCCAUCACUCCCACACUGCUCAGCUCCCCCGAAACCACCGAGGAGAGUCAGCGGCACAGAGCUGAGCUGGACCCACCUGAGAGGAGAUCGAAAAGUAGAAGGAACACAUCAGUAGAUGAGAGUUAUGAGUGGGAUUCUGCUGACGCAUGUGUGGACUCUGAAGUCCUGGAGGCCUUGAGGUUUGAUCAGUCACAAGCAGAUUUUCAGACAAGCGCAGGGAGGCUUGCGUGUGGUCAACCUGCUGGCCUCCAGGACCAAAGAAACAAAGGCCCGUCUCCCCCAGCCUGCCCAACUGUUUCCGACCCACCUUGCAGCCAGUACCGCCAAUCCCUUAGCGAGGCACGUUUCAACGCUCUCCGGCAGGAGUACCGAGAGUACAGGCGGGCUCAGAAGUCCAUCCGUUCCCACGAGCCCUACCCCGCCCCUGGACACGAUUCGGACUCUGACACCAACUCAGCGCUGCUCUAGAGGCACAACUCGGUGCGCCUGACAAAGACAGCGAGUAGCAGACACCAGCGAUGUGAACAGUCUCACUUGACACGUGGAAAAACUUAAAGACAAAAGCUUCAAUCGUCUGUUCGAGCCGACUAAAAAAAAAUAAUAAUACAAUACAGGACGGGAAAGCGAUUUGUCCACAGUUGUCAUCUGAUGGUGUUAUCUUGUUUUUGUUUCUGCUGAGAAGGGAUUACUUCAUUUCAUAAACGCUUGGGCAACUGCGUUGGGGUUUUGUUGACAAUCAGACACAGAAGUGGAAACAAAAAACUGCUUUAGUGUAACCAGCAGCUCACAAAACAAUGAAGGUGUUAUUUCAGGUUAAGAUUUUAUUUUUUUUUUCAACUAGAAAAAAAAGAACGCUUAUGACAAUUAUUUUGUUAUUUCCAAAACGGAAAUGUGUUUCAUCCUAUCCUCUCCCCUACUACUGACAUUCUUGUACUCAAAUCUAAUAUAAUUAAAGUUCUUCUUAACCUUUAGUUCAAGCACCUCAGGGCAUUUGGUGAUGUUAAUUGUUCUUCUAAGUCAAGACAAUUGAGUUUUAUUGGCCCCCUUUCGCUCCCAUUAUUAUCUGUUGAGAUGUGCAAAUCUCGCAUUCUUGUCAGAAUUCAACUGGAAUGUAUUUAUAGUUGAAUGACACUCGGUCACCCAGGAAAAUGUUGUUUGCCUUUUUCUGCUCUGACCUUUGCUCACAUGUUUUUUGAAGUGAGUUCUAAUAUGCAAACAUGUUUACAAUUCACUGAUGUGAAGACAGCACUGUGAAUGAUUCAGUCUUUUAUAAACUCUGUUCCCAUGGUUUUUGUUUUUUUUUGUUCUCGUUGUUGUUCCUUACAGAGAAAUGGCAAAAGCUGGUUUGGUCACAUGGAAAGCUUUGACAUUGUAACAUCAUUUCAGAAUUGUUACUACUAAAAUAACCCCAAAUGAGAAUCUACAUCUGCAGUGAUGACUUUGGAGGUUUUGUUCAAAAGUUCUAUAGAUUGUUUUGUUGCUUUUAUAUGUUUGUAAUGAAUAAAUUGCUUUAUUUGGAAAAAAAAGAGGUUGUAGAUCU